CCCACAAUUCUCAGAGUGUGCCAGCCAUUGACAGCAACGCUGCAGCUCCUCCGCUUGCCUAGUUACCAAGUGGAAAAACAUUCAUUGCUGUUUCUUCUCUCCUGCAUUUAAAGUAACUUCCAAAAUACACAGAGAAGUCCGCCUUGCUGCAUAAAUUCCACCUCUGUUGCCGCAGCAUAGCAUGGAAAAGAUGACAGGCCGAACUGGACACAGGGAGGCUGCCUGAGUCCCAGUGUUCUGGCAGGCCAAUCACAACUCUCUACAGGAGACGUGGCUGCUUCCUCAGUAUCUGGGCAAUCCUUUCUCCUUGUGCACAUCGGGUCUGUUGUAAUUGUGGAGAGGGAUUUGGCAGUAGCAAUGCUGAGUGCCUGUAACAUUACUUCAAAGCCAUAUGAGGACACAGUUGUGCUUUCCAAUACAUGAGUACCUUGCCUGUAAUGGAUUAGUACCUCUUCGGUUCAGUAAUACAACAGGCCCAUCCAGUGUUGAGCUUGGGAGUGGAAAUCACGGCCAGUGGCUUCCUGACCCAUGAUGUACAAGGACUACAGAUCAGGCCGGACUGGAGGACUGAAUGCACUGCCCUUUGACCCUGCAAGCAACAACGAGCCCCUGCAGUUCACCAGCUCCAAUGGGCCGCUGGUGUCUGACAUCCCACUGGAGAACGGCGCCGAGAACAGCAAGAAGAGAAAGAGACCCAACCUGCCCCCAGAGGGCAUCCGGAACAUUACCAUGGAGUCCAGCCCCAUGGCCAUGCCCAUGUCGGACCCCAACGCCUGGGCCACAGCUAUGAACAACCUGGGCAUGGCCCCCAUGGGGAUGACUGCUGGACAGCCCUUAAUGUCAGACUUCGACCCGAGCCUGGGCAUGAUGACUGGCAUCGCUCCCAUGAACCCCAUGAUGCCCGGCCUGGGCAUCGUGCCUCCGCCCAUCUCCCAGGACAUGCCCGUCGUCAAGGAGAUCAUCCACUGCAAGAGCUGCACCUUGUUCCCGCCCAACCCCAAUUUGCCACCUCCAGCCACGAGAGAGCGUCCUCCGGGCUGCAAGACGGUGUUUGUGGGAGGGCUGCCAGAGAACGCCACGGAGCAGCUGAUCGUUGAGGUGUUCGAGCAGUGCGGCGACAUCAUCGCCAUCCGCAAGAGCAAGAAGAACUUCUGCCACAUCCGCUUCGCAGAGGAGCACACAGUGGACAAGGCCCUCUUCCUGUCCGGCUACCGAAUCAGACUAGGCUCCAGCACAGAUAAGAAGGACACGGGGCGACUGCACGUGGACUUUGCGCAGGCGCGUGACGACCUGUACGAGUGGGAGUGCCGGCAGCGCAUGCUGGCCCGCGAGGAGCGCCACCGCCGCCGCAUCGAGGAGGACCGGCUCAGGCCGCCGUCGCCCCCGCCCAUCGUGCACUACUCCGAGCACGAGUGCGGUCAGCUGGGGGAGAAGAUCAAAGACGACUCCAAGUUCCCCGAGGCGGUGCGCGUGCUGCUGACCUGGGUGGAGCGAGGCGAGGUGAACCGGCGCAACGCCAACAACAUCUACUCCAUGAUCCAGUCGUCCAACAGCCACAUCCGCCGGCUCAUGAACGAGAAGGCCGCCCACGAGAAGGAGAUGGAGGAGGCCAAGGAGAAGUUCAAGAACGCCCUGGCUGGCAUCCUAGUGCAAUUUGAGCAGAUUGUGUCUGUAUUCCACGCUGCUUCCAAACAAAAGGCAUGGGACCAUUUCUCCAAAGCCCAGCGCAAGAACCUGGACAUGUGGCGCAAGCAAGCAGAGGUCCGGCUGCGCAGGCGGAGGCGCUGAAGGAGGAGAACGACAGCCUGCGCUGUCAGCUGGACGCGUACAGGAACGAGGUGGAGCUGCUGAAGCAGGAGCAGGGCAAGGCGGCGCCGCAGCGCAGCGAGGAGGACAACACGCGCCAGCAGCAGCUCAGCUUCCUCCAGCAGGCCCUGCAGGGCAUGCAGAAGCAACUUCUGAAGAUUCGUGAGGAGCUGAAACAGAGGGAGGCUGACCUGGAGAAGAGUUCAGAGGACAAGCAGCAGCUGGAGAGCCAGGUGCAGGGCCUGAAGGAUCGUGUGCAGACCCUCCUCUCUACACACAGCUUGGCGCUGGAGACGUCGGAACGAGAUGACCGAGGCAGCGAGGAGAGCACCAAUCAAGCCAAUGAGGCCGCAGCGUCAGCAGUGGUGUCCUGCAGUCAGGAGAAGGAGAGCGUGCCAGAGAAGGGCCCGCCCAGCCCUGUGCGAUCCGAGAGGGAGGCUCUGCUCGUGGGUAUAAUAUCCACCUUCCUGCACGUCCAUCCAUUCGGAGCCAGCAUUGAAUACAUCUGCUCCUAUUUACAGCGCCUGGACACCAAGAUCAGUACGGCCGAGGUGGAGGCUCUGCUGGGGCGCCUGCCCUGCACGUUCAGGCAGGAGCUGACGGGCGUGGGCGCCAGCCUGGAGAAGCGCUGGAAGUUCUGUGGCUUCGAGGGCAUCAAGACGGCGUAGAGCUCUCGCGCUCAACAGGGGUGUCACGACGAGCGUGGGGACUGGGGAGGGCACGGUGUUUUCCCGGCGCCAGGACGACAGUCGCCCCGCACCCCACACCCCGGCUCAGCCCCCACUCACCCUCCAACAACCUUCUUUUGGAAUUUCGUUUUGGGAAUCCUUUUGUGAACGUUGAGUUUUGGGUGCUUAGAACUGCCUCUGUUCUGCGUGUGUGUGUGAACAUUUGGGUGUGUAUGUGUGAACGUUGUGUGUGUGUGUGUGUGUGUGUAUGUGUGUGUGUCUGUGUGCACAUAGUGUGUUCUUUGUGUGUCACACACGGAGGGUGGAAACCCAACAGCACUGGCAGGCCCCCAGGAGGGAAAAGACUACUGCACAGGGAGAAAUCAGGGUCCGCUGAGAACUGAGCAACUUUCAACCAACUUCCUGUCUCUCUGGCCUUCUCUUGUUUCCUUCCAAAACUUUGUAUAAAACUUAUAAAUAUAUGAAUAUAUUUCUUCAUUUUGCUUUUUCUUUUUGCUUUUUUCUGUAUAGGCUGUUAACGGUGGCAUAGGUUUUGUUUAUAUACUCUGUAAAUGCUUGAAUAACAACUUGAUAUUUUGAAAUAAAAUGGAUGAACAGCUGA